GCGGCCCGGGCUGUCGCGGGCCGGGGCGGUUGGGGCUGGUGGCUGUGGCUGCGGCUGCGGCCAUGGAAUGGAGUUCCGACUCGGCGGCCGUGAGGCGGCACCGCGGCGCAGCGGAGCGUCGGGAGGGACCGGCGGCCGCGCCGCACCGGGAGAGAGAGGCGUCCGCGCAGGAGGACGCGAGCGGCGGCGGGCGGACGCGGAAGGGGAGCCCGGAGAGCGGAGGCGCGAGCCGGCGGGGCGCGGGGACCGCGCUGUCCGAGGCGCGCACGGUGCUGUCGCUCGCACUCUACCUGCUCGCACUGCGGGCACUCGUGCAGCUCUCGCUGCAGCGCCUGGUGCUGAGCCGGACCUCAGGGUUCCAGGGCGAGUUCGACGCGCGCCAAGCCAGGGAUUAUCUGGAACACAUAACAGCCAUUGGCCCCAGGACUACAGGAAGUGCAGAAAAUGAAAUUCUGACAGUACAGUACCUUUUGGAGCAGAUCAAACUGAUUGAAAGACAAAGCAGCAGCCUUCAUGGAAUUUCAGUGGACAUACAGAGGCCUACAGGCUCCUUCAGCAUUGACUUCUUGGGAGGUUUUACAAGCUACUAUGACAACAUUACUAAUGUAGUGGUGAAGCUGGAGCCCCGGAGUGGAGCCCAGCAUGCUGUACUGGCUAACUGUCACUUUGACUCAGUGGCAAACUCACCAGGUGCCAGUGAUGACGCAGUUAGCUGUGCAGUGAUGCUCGAAGUUCUCCGUCGCAUGUCGGUGUCAUCAGAACCCUUGCAGCAUGCUGUGGUGUUUCUCUUCAACGGUGCUGAGGAAAAUGUCUUGCAAGCCAGUCAUGGUUUUAUUACUCAACAUCCCUGGGCCAGUUUGAUUCGUGCAUUUAUUAACCUGGAGGCAGCAGGUGUAGGAGGGAAAGAACUUGUGUUCCAAACAGGCCCUGAAAAUCCAUGGCUGGUCCAGGCUUAUGUCUCAGCAGCUAAGCACCCAUUUGCUUCCGUGGUGGCUCAGGAGGUUUUUCAGAGUGGAAUCAUUCCUUCUGAUACCGACUUCCGGAUCUACAGAGACUUUGGAAACAUUCCAGGAAUAGAUUUAGCUUUUAUUGAAAAUGGAUAUAUAUAUCACACCAAAUAUGACACAGCGGACAGAAUUCUCAUAGAUUCCAUUCAGAGAGCAGGUGACAACAUUUUAGCAGUUCUUAAAUACCUAGCUACAUCUGACAUGCUGGCUUCUUCGUCUGAGUAUCGACACGGAAACGUGGUUUUCUUUGAUGUGUUCGGCCUGUUUGUCAUUGCAUAUCCUUCUCGUGUUGGCACAAUAAUAAACUGCAUGGCGGUUAUGGCUGUUGUUCUGUACCUGGGGAAAAAACUGCUGCAGCCCAAACAUAGGAAUGCUGACUACACGAGAGACUUCUUGUGCGGACUUGCCAUCACUUUCAUUAGCUGGUUCACUAGCCUUGUUACAGUUCUUAUUAUAGCAGUGUUCGUCUCUCUUAUUGGACAGUCUCUCUCAUGGUACAACCACUUUUAUGUUGCCGUUUGCCUGUAUGGAACUGCAACAGUGGCUAAAAUAAUACUCAUACAUACCCUUGCAAAAAGAUUUUAUUAUGUGAAUGUCAGCAACCAGUACCUGGGAGAAGUGUUUUUUGACACCUCAUUGUUUGUGCAUUGUGCUUUUCUUGUUGUUCUCACUUACCAAGGAUUUUGCUCUGCAUUCACAAGUGCUAUCUGGGUAGCAUUUCCGUUGUUCACAAAGCUUUUCGUGUACAAGGACUUCAAGAAACAUGGUGCCCAAGGAAGAUUUAUUGCUCUUUACCUUUUGGGGAUGUUUAUCCCAUAUCUUUAUGGACUGUAUCUCAUCUGGGCUGUAUUUGAGAUGUUUACUCCCAUCCUUGGAAGAAGCGGUUCGGAAAUCCCUCCUGAUGUUGUGCUAGCCUCCAUUUUGGCUGUCUGUGUGAUGAUUCUCUCCUCCUAUUUUAUUAAAUUCAUCUACCUUGUGAAAAGCACAAAGAAAACCAUGCUGACUCUAACACUGGUGUGUGCAGUCACACUUCUCCUCGUCUGCGGUGGAGCCUUUUUCCCAUACAGCUCCAAUCCUGCGAGUCCAAAGCCAAAGCGAGUGUUCCUUCAGCACAUGAGUAGAACUUUCCAUAACUUGGAAGGAAACGUAGUAAAAAAAGACUCUGGAAUAUGGAUCAAUGGGUUUGAUUAUACUGGAAUGUCUCACAUAACACCUCACAUUCCUGAGAUCAAUGAUACAAUCCGAGCUCACUGUGAGGAGAAUGCCCCACUCUGUGGCUUCCCUUGGUAUCUUCCGGUGCACUUUCUGAUCAGGAAAAAUUGGUAUCUUCCGGCUCCAGAAGUUUCUCCAAGAAAUCCUGCCCAUUUCAGACUUUUAUCCAAAGAGAAGACACCAUGGGGCUCUAUAAAGUUGACCUUUGAAGCAACAGGACCAAGCCAUAUGUCUUUCUAUGUUCGAACCCACAAAGGAUCAACACUUUCUCAAUGGUCUCUUGGCAAUGGCAUUCCAGUCACAAGCAGAGGAGGGGACUACUUUGUGUUUUAUUCCCAUGGACUCCAGGCCUCUGCAUGGCAGUUCUGGAUAGAAGUACAGCAGGUAUCAGAAGAACAGCCAGAAGGAAUGGUCACGGUGGCCAUUGCUGCCCACUAUCUAUCAGGGGAAGACAAGAGAUCUUCUCAGCUUGAUGCUCUGAAAGAGAAGUUCCCGGAUUGGACAUUUCCCUCUGCGUGGGUUUGCACCUACAGCCUCUUUGUGUUUUAAUUGUGUGGAUGGGCUUUGAGUACAUGCCCCUUGGACAUUCCAUGGGACAGUUUCUCUCCCAUGUUAUAUGGAUAUUUGUAACACAAGUCAAUGAGUUUUAGUGAGCGUAUGUUCAAAGAGCUUUUGGGAUAAUACUCUUCAGGGCCAUAUGGGUUAAACUUUGGGAUAGUGAUGCCUGGCUUUUUUGUCACUUGAAAAUUCCAGUUUUCGGGCACUUAGGCACAUGUGGAUACUGCCAUUUAUACAUGUCAGUUUUAUGACUGUAAGGACUCAGCAACAUAGUUCUUCAGUAGCAAGAAAGAUGUAGUCAGAUUACUGUUAAUGAAGUAGGUAAGUCCAUUGUAGGUAAGUCCAUUGUUGUCAGUGGAUGGUAGGUAAAUACCGUUCUGGGAUAGUGGCUCUCCUCACCUGUAACUGGAGGUCACAGGAAAGUAACCGCCAUGAAGAAGGAAGUCCCGAGAGCUACAUUUCUUCAGGCAGCCAUUAGCACAGCUGAAGCUUGAGCCCUGGAAACCACUUCUGGACUAUUUCCUGAGAUAGCAUUCAUUGUCUGCUUCCUACUCAAAUGCUCCUGUCAUUUAGGAAGAGAACGUUUUUCAGCUACAUUCCCUUCUCACAGUUCAUGGGUUGCUUUAUUUGUGCAACAUAAGAUUUAAACUUCUUCCCAGAGCACAGAGUUUAUAGCACGGCUUUUCUGAGGUAGAAGAGAGGAGGGUGGAGUAUUCUAUAUAGUAUUUAUUCUCUUCGUUUUAUAGGCAUCCUCUGUCAUACAAGGUUAAUCCUUUACAACAUAAUUGCAACAUUUGGUUUUUUGAGACAGGGUUUCUCUGUGGCUUUGGAGGCUGUCCUGGAAUUAGCUCUUAGCAGUCUGGUCUCGAACUCACAGAGAUCUGCCUGUCUCUGCCUCCCGAAAGGUUUUCUGUUUUGUAGCAAGUCAAUUUCUUAGAACUUACUGUCUGUCCUCAUACUGAGGUUGUGGCUUAUACAGGAAUGAGGCAACUACACCUGUAUCUGUUAGUGUUUAGAUCCUGAGUAAAAGCAGCAGUAUGGUUUAAUGGUGCUUUUCAUUUGGAGGCAGGGAUAUAGCUUGUGAAGUUUGUCACAGCAGUGCCUCUUGUGGCUUCUCUAGGUUCCAGCAGUGACAGAGAUGAUGAGAUAAGCAAUAAGAUGUUUCUUUUUUACAUUAACAAAUGUAAAAAGACAAAAUUUGAGUUAGUCAACAAAUAUGACCCAAAAUAUAGUUGAAAGAAAAGCCAUAGGAAACCAAAACAAAAUAAAAUAUACUUGUCAGGUAGGAACAGAAAGGUUUUUCUCAGAGUGGUCCUCAGAGCUAUCUGAAUUUCAGUAAGAGCAGCUACUUAAGUGUACACUGCAGGAGAAACUUUCUUAAAAUCACUUGUGUGGUAUGUCAGUUUCUAACCAUGUUCCUUGUGUUGCCUGCUUAAUCUAUAACUCCUUAAACACUGUCUGUGCCCAUGCAGACAUAAGGGCAGCAGCUAGAGCUGGUAAUGUGCUGACUGUCACAUGUAUUGACACUGUAUAGUGGAGUCACUGGUUUUGCUGGACUUACAGAAAUCUUAUCUAACAGUGCUUCAAGUAUCUGGCUCCUGCUGUGUACGUAUUAUUGGUCAGGUAGUACUUAACAUCGGCAGCCUGUAUAGAAUCACAGCUGAUGAAAAUAGGUAAUAGUGCUAAUAGAUAAAUGAACUUCAAAAUAUAGGUGAAUGUUCUGUUCCUGGUUUAAUCUGAAACUGAUUACUAGAAAUUAUAGGAGGGGAAGCAAACCAUCACGCUGAGGAAGCAUAUAAAACAAGAUGUUCUCUGAUUUCUUUCCUUUUGGCAGGGUACCUUUGUCUUUUUUCAGCAUAAUCAUGAUUUUCCUUUUGCCUUUGGGUUAUUUCUCUAUGUAAACAGUUUUGAUUUUCUCUAAUAUUAUGAAACUUUGAUAUUAUACACCCAGUAACAAGAGGCUCAGUUUCAGGACAUGCUUAAAGGCCAGAAAUGGUCAAGCAAUUACAUACAGUAUUCAUGGCUUUUAAUAAGCACACUCCAUAGUUAGCAGUAACUUCCUCUUUUAAAGACUAUCUGAUCAUUUGAGUAAUUUACUUCUAAAAGUAUAUUUCCAAGGUCUAAGUAAUGAAUUUCCUCCCUAAUGAAUGUAACUAUAAGCAGCACAAUAGGGAAGAGUAUAAAGAACUGUGUUUUCACAGUUCUUAAUAUUUAAGAAUGAUUGAUUGUUCUACGAAGUGUUUUCCAGCUAGCAGCUGUAAUUAAAUGUCCCCAAGAUUCCCCAAGGUUUUAUCAAAGGAGGUUGAACCACAAGCAGCCUAUAUGUGAUUCAGGAAGCUGCUGGGAGACUUGUUGAGGGUUAAUUGUUGCCUUACAAUGUUACUGAAAUAAACUUUUUUAACAUA